AGGCGGAGAUGAGUCUUUCCCGCGGGGGUAUAAAGCGCCGGAGGGAAGACAAGAAGUUGAUGUUCUUGUUUGUUUGGUUGCAGGAGUUGAUGGGUGUGGAUGAGCGGGUGUUUGCGUGCAUGUACUGCGGUGCCUCGUUCCUCCACCAGAGCAAGCUGACGCGGCACAUCCUCUCGCACAGCCUCGAGUCGCUCAAGUACCGCGAGCAGGCGGCCCACCUGCAGCUACAGGCUCAGCUGGGCCUCGAACCCGGCAUGCACCUGCCGCCGGAGGCCCACUACCCUGCUGCGGGUACGAUUGAGCCGAUGGACUUCGAACUCGCGGCCCACUCGGACCCGACCUCCGGCGUCGUCCUCUGCAAGUUCUGCGGCAAGUCCUUCCCGGACGUCGGCUCG